CAUGAGCGCUCCCGGCGCCGAUCCCGAUCCCAGCCCCGGUCCCGCCGCCGGCUCCAGCCUCGGCCCGCUGCUCCGCACCCUGGAGGACCCCGCCGCGCCGCCGGGAGAGCUGACGGACGCGCACCUCACCGUCGUCAGUCGCUUGAGUGGCGAAGGGGGCAAAGCAUUCACUGCAGAUUUCAGGAAACACUUCCCUCAACUCUGCAAGGUGUUCAAGGCACACAUUUCCAGUCCAAAUUUGGAGCUCAGUAAUGCAGCACUGCAGGCCUUGGGCUUCUGCACUUUUAAUUCAAACAACACAGCUGAAUUAUCUGCCUCUGAAAUGCAGGACUUGCUGGCAGCAGUGAACAGCGUUGCUGUGAAAUCCUCGGACAAGAACACGCGCACUCGGGCACUUUGGGUCAUCUCUAAGCAGGCAUUUCCUCCAGAAAUUGUUAAAAAGGAGGUGUCCAACAUCCUCUCUACCCUGGAAACAAUCCUGACUAAAGGAGAAGUUCAGUCUGUUGUGGUUGAAUAUGAAGCACUUAAUGUCAUUAUACGCUUAAUGGAGCAAGCUCCAGCCCAGAUGGGAGAAGAGGCUGUGAGGUGGGCAAAGCUGAUCAUCCCUCUGGUUGUCCACUCAGCACACAAAGUGCAGUUAAGAGGUGCCACUGCCCUGGAGAUGGGAAUGCCACUGCUCCUGCAGAAGCAGCAGGAGGUGGCAGCUGUCACCGAGCACCUGAUGACCACAAAAUUAAUUGCCGAACUUCAGAAAUUGUUUUCUUCCAAAAACGAGACCUUCGUGUUAAAACUGUGGCCCCUGUUUGUCAGAUUGCUUGGAAAGACUCUGCAUCGCAGUGGCAGCUUCAUCAACUCCCUGCUGCAGCUGGAGGAGCUGGGCUUCCGCAGUGGCUCCCCUGUGGUGAAGAAAAUUGCCUUCAUUGCCUGGAAGAGCCUCAUUGAUAAUUUUGCUCUAAAUCCAGACAUCCUGUGCAGUGCUAAGAGGCUGAAACUGCUGAUGCAGCCCCUGAGCUCCAUCCACGUGAGGACAGAGGCUCUGGCCCUGACCAAGCUGGAGGUGUGGUGGUAUUUGCUGAUGAGACUGGGACCUCACCUGCCCUCAAACUUUGAACAGGUUUGUGUCCCAUUAAUCCAAAGCACCCUGAGUGUGGAUCCUGCUGCUGCAUUCCCAGGAACGCCCUCACGGCCAAACAACCCCAGCCUGGGCUCAGCAACCCCUGGGCAGAAAUCAGGUUCUUUCCUGUUUGUGAGCCCAGGCACGCCCAGGAUGGCCCUGAACAGCAGCACAGCAGGAGUGCUGCUCUUCCCUUCCAUCCAGCUCCUGGGCAUUGAAAUGCUGCUCCACUUCCUCAUGGGACCACAAGUUGUGGAUUUUGCUAAGCAAAACAAGCUCGUGCUUAGUUUAGAGCCUCUCCAGUACCCACUGAUCAGUAGCCCUUCUUUUUUUUGUAAGCAUGCCAGCACUCUGAUACAUGCUGUUCAGGAUGGCUUUAUUGCAAUUGGAAAAGAAGUUCCUGAUUGUUUGCUGAAUGUUAUCUGGAAGGACAUAAAUGGAUAUGUAAAAACAGCAAUUGAAGCAGGAAACAAGAAGGAGAAGCAAGGCUCAGAAAUCCUGACCAUGUUACUCCAGGCUUUAAAAACCACCGUGAGAUCCAAUUCUCUGCCUGUGCAGAAAAUCCUGUCUCUCAUUGAUAUCACUGUCAAGGAGUUGCCUCCAAAAGUCCUGGGAUCCCCAGCUUAUCAGGUGGCUGAUAUGGAUCUUUUAAAUGGAACUCCAGCUCUGUUCCUAAUCCAGCUGCCUUUCCAUAACAAUCUCCUGGAAUGCUGUGUGACAGAUGAGAGGUUCUUUGGGAUCCUGGAAGCCCUGGUGGGGGUUGCCCUGUGUGGGCCCACCUCUGCCCUGGCUUUCAGUGAGUCUGUGCUGGGUGUCAUUGACCAGAGUGCAGAGCAGGUGGGCAACAAGGAGCACCUCUGGAGAAUGUGGAGUAUUGUUGUUAACCCUCUGACGGAGUGGAUUAAUCAGAAUAACGAGGUGAACCAGGGGGAUGCCCUGGAACACAACUUCAGUGCUGUCUACAGUGCUUUGCUGCUGCCAGUAUCCCACAUUUUCCCCACUCAGGGAUUCCCACAGCCAACUCUGAAAUCCUUGCUGCGCUCUUGGUCUGACCUGUAUCGAGCUUUUGCUCGCUGUGCUGCUCUGGUGGCAACAGCAGAAGAAAACCUGUGCUGUGAAGAGCUUUGUGCCAAAAUAAUAGCUGGGCUAGAAGGUGAAACUCCAGUAGUGUUUCCCAUGCUGGAAGGUCUCACCCACCUCGUGUCAGUCAUGGUUGACUGCAUCAACUUUGCACCCUAUGGCACUAAAUUCCAACCCAAAAACAGAUCUCCCCAGACACCCACAGACUGGGCUAAGAAGAAGAAGGAGCCCCUUGGCAAGCUGAGCUCUCUCUUCAAGCUGCUGCUGAUGCUGCUGAGCUCCUUCCACGAGCUGAGCUGCUCCGAGGUCCAUGCAGAGUCCCUGAGUGCCCUGGGCCCUUCCCUGCUGGCCGCCGUGCACGCCGUCGUCAGCCGCAUCUCGCUGCCGUCGCUCCUCGGCACCACCUUGGCCAUCUUCUCCCAGCCCUUGGCAGUGUUCUACGAAAAAACCAAGCUCCCUGAGGUACCCAAAGUCUACAGCAAUCUGAACAGCAAGCUGGAGAAGCUGCUGGCAGAGAUCCUGCAGUGCCUGCAGUGCCACUGCCCGGGCUCCUGUGACACUGAGCUCCUGCAGCAGCUCAGCCCCGUGCUCUGCGUGGGCUUCCAGCACAGGAACAAACAGAUCCGCCAGCAGAGCGCCCAGCUCUGGAACUGCACCUUUGCCAAGGCCUCCUCACUCGCCUAUCCCGAGCAGCUGAAGUCUGUGUUAAGCCAAGCCAAAAAGAAAAUCCCUCUGCUGCUGCCUGGUUUUGAAAGCAUUGAGAUGUCUGAGGAGUGCAGUGGCCCCUUCUCUGACCUGAUGGAGAAUUCCCAGCUGGAUGCAAAGAUCAGUGGAAUGGAGGUGAAGGUGGGACAGAAACGAGAUUCGAUAUUGGCUCAGACGAGUGAACCCAAAAGUGAUGGCAAGGACAAGCCCAGCAACGUGCAAGCAACACCUGCAAAGUUAAAACUAGAAUUUUCAUCUCCUAAGACAACAAGUGAGACACUUCUGGAAGAGGAGAAAUCUGUUGAUUUUGUGUUCAUUCCUCCAGAAACAAAACCAAGGAUAUUGACAGAACAUCAGAAAGAAGUGCUUAGGUCAAAGAGAGCUGACAUUCCUGCCAUGUACAACAACCUGGAUGCUUCCCAGGACACCACCUCGUUUUCCCAGUACAGCCAGAGCCAGGACAGUUCUUUGGAAAUGCCACCUUCAGUAGAAAAUGCCAAAGAAGACACUGCAAACCAACCUCAGGAGGAAAACGUGGGGAGUGAAGGAUGUCGCUCAGAGGAGAGCCCAGCCUGCACCAGCGAGGGGCAGGCCGAAAAGGAGGCGGCUGAGAUGAUCCCAGAGGAAACACCCACUGGAGAGGGAUUGGAGACAAGUUCUGUGGAAGCAGCUGCCCAGGAGGCCUCAGCAGGGCAGGAGGACACCUCAGAUGUCACCAGCAGCUCAGCCUCCAGCGACAUCAUCUCUGGCACCCCCCAGCCCGUGAGCCGGCGCCAGUCCUUCAUCACCCUGGAGAAAUUCGGGGCUGCAGAGAGCAGACCCUUCAGCCCAGCCCCACUGAGCUCCGUGGCAGAGCUGCCUGCGAGUGCUCCCGAGGCAGCCACGCAGGAAAGCAGCAGUGGCAGCAAGGCUGGUGCUAAAGCAGAGAAGUCUGGAGAGGAAGAUAAGAAUCCCCCAAAAGCCGAGCCUGCCGCGGGGGCCGUGGCCGCCCGCAGGGUGACGCGGCGGCAGAGCAGGAUGGAGCUGCAGGGCAAUAAAUCCAAGCUCCUGAGCAGGCCAGAGGAGUCCCUGGCCCCUGACAGCCUGGAAAGCAGCGCUGAGCUGGGCUCUGCAGGGGAGGACGUGGAGCACGUCCUGCUCAGCCACUCCCAGACUCUGCUCUCCACGGAAGCAGACAUCCAGAAAGCCGAGGAUGCCAUCGCAGAAAUGGCCCAGGGGCUGGACAUGGACUCGAAAGAAAACACCCCCCCAGACAGCAGCAGCUGCUCUGAGCAGGCCCCAGGGGAUGACAGCCAGGUGCCACAAGUGUCCCCUCACCAGAAGCAGCUGCGGCGCUCCUCCAGGAGACGCCCGGACGCUGUGGAGAGCUCGGGCAGCCAGGAGAAGGAGGAUGGGCUCCCAAAGAGAGACAGGAGGAAAGAGGAGGAGAAAGCUGGCCAGAAGAAGCCGUCCCAGGGGAAAGGGGACGGAUCCCAAAAACAGAAAGGAAUCCCUGGGAAAACAACAGAAAACACAAAAGAGAGCAGCCAGCCUGAGAGGGGGGCAGAGGACUGGAGCUCCAAGGACUCUCCUGCUUGCAGGGGCCUGGAUGAGGAGAGCAGGAGGGCAGAGGAUUCCCCCAGGGCAGAGGGGGAGGGGCAGGGCAGCCUCAGCACAGCAGGGCAGAAGGUGGAGCGCCCACGGUACCACACCAGGAGAUCUUCCCAAGGGUUGCUGUCCAGCAUAGAAAACUCUGAGGCUGACAGCUCUGAGGGCAAGGAGGAGAGCACAAGGAAGAAAAAACCCACGAAAGUGAGGAGUAGAAACAAUUCUCUUGAAGGUAAAUUGAAAGAGGGACAGGCAGGGAGCCAGAGCCUCGAGGGAUCUGCCCAGGGAAAUGAAACUAAGAGUCCUCUGGAGGCCAGGAAAGGUGAGCCCGAGGACAGCACAGGUGCUGCAGUGCCAGCUGAGCCAGGUGGCCUGGAAAAGCAGGAAAUUGCUGCAGCUGCUGGAGGAGCUGUGGGCUCUGGCAGCUCUGAGAGUCCAGGUGCUCUGCAGGACACCAGCGUGGAGCAGAGCAAGGGCGAUGCAUCCAUGGAGUCACUGGGCAGCCCCUGUGUGUCUGAGCAGGAUGGGAGGGCAGCAGAGGAGAGCAAAGAGGAGAAGCAAAGCAGCACAGGGGACUGUGCACCAGCAGCAAAUGUUCCAGGUGCUGAGCCCUCCUCUUUGCAAAGCCCUGACUGCCAGAACAAGAGGAGCAAAAGGGUGAAAAAAAUCAAGAGCUGUGAUUGCUGCUUUAAAAAGCCAAAGCAGCAGGUGACUGAAUCAAAGUUCACUGAGUCAAAACAGGAGAAAGCUGCUGAGCUGGAGGAGCCUGAGAGCACCCCAGUUCAGACCCCUGGGAAUGUUUCUGGUCACUCAGAUUUGGAGGAGCGCUUGGCCCUGGCUCCGUGUGGAAUGAGCACUCCAUUGCACCCUCCCAAGGAACCCAGCACCUUCAGCUUGGAAAGCCAGGACAUGGAUGUGGGAAACCUGCAGGGAAGCAGUGUGGGGGUGGAGGAGGAGAAUGCAGAGGGUCCAGCAGCUGAAACCACCGAGUCCAUGGAGGAAAUAAAGGAGCCUGCUGAGCAGAAGGAGCAAACAGAACAGGUUCUGCCUGAGAGUGUUCCUGGAGAGCCCAGGGAGAGCUGCCUGGACUCAGGGGAGCCAGAGGAAGAACCAGCAGCUGCAGAAAAGGAGGAAAUAAGUGAAAAUGGACAACUGGAGGAGGUGCCUGAGGAGCUGAGUGUUGACAGCAAACCUGAGCAAAAAGAGAUGCAGGAGCUACUAGAAGGAAAUCAGGAGGAUAAAGGAGAAGCUGAGAACUCUGCUGGAGAAACUUGUGUUGUUCCAGAUCAAGAGAUGAAGGAUGAACUGGUGGAAACUGAAAUCAAAGUGCCUGAAAGCGUGGCCUUGGCAGAUGUGAGUGUGGAUUCCCCUCUGAAGGUGGAAGGGGACCCCUCAGUGCAGGUGGCUGAAAGCCCCACCAGCCUCCAGGCCCGCUGCACCUGGUCCCCCUCAGCCUCCCCAUCCACCAGCAUCCUCAAGAGAGGGGUCAAGAGGAGCCAGGAGGAUGAUUCCCUGUCACCUGCCAAUAAGAUCCGUCGAGUCUCUUUUGCAAAUCCCAUUUUUCAGGAGGGCCUGGCAGACGACAUCGACAGGAGGAGUCCUGUCGUCAGAUCCCAUUCCUCACCCUCCUCCAGGAGCCUGAAAAUCCUCUCUAACAUGCAGCACAUUACCACUCCAACCAAAGGAUUUCUGUCCCCAGGAUCUCGUACCCUUAAAUUUAAGAGCUCAAAGAAGUGUUUAAUCACAGAAAUGGCCAAGGAAUCUCUGCCGUGCCUCUCGGAAUUCGUGUACCCUGCCUUGGCUGGCUGCAAAGCCCCUGUGGAUGUCAUUUUACCUCAGAUCACAUCCAACAUCUGUGCCAGGGGCCUGGGGCAGCUCAUCCGAGCCAAGAACAUCAAGACCGUGGGAGACCUGAGCACUCUGACAGCUCUGGAGAUCAAAACCCUCCCCAUCCGCUCCCCCAAAGUCUCCAAUGUCAAAAGAGCUCUGAAGGGAUACCAUGAGCAACAGGUAAAAUCUCGAGUGUUGGAGGAAAGCACGGUGCUUGAAGAUGCUGAGAAGCCUGGAAAUGAUGUGGAGGAGAAAUCUCUGAGUGGAGAUGAGGAAAAACUUGCAGCAGAUCUGGUGGACGCAGGCAGCAGCAGCAGCAGCGAGCAGCCCCCUGUGGAUCUGCUGGGGCAGAUCCAGGCUCUGGCAGCCCAGCUGAGCCCCGAGGAUCUGCAAGGCUACUCUGGCAGGCAGCUCCUGGAGAUGCAGGAGCAGCUGCUGGGGAUGGCCUCGAGCAUCCUGAGGAGCCUGCAGGCCCGCUGGCCCCAGGGCCCCGAGUAGCCACAGCCCUGCUCAGCAAGGAGGAGUCUGGGCCAACAUCCCCCCCUCUUGUUUUCCUUGCUGCUCAGUUACUCCUUAAAUCUACUCCUUAAAUCCUAAAAUAGGUAUUUUGUUAACAUCUUCAUGAAUUUAUUCUCUUUUUUUUGCCUUUUUUUUUUUUUGCCUUUUUUUUGCCUUUUUUUUGCCUUUUUUCCCCCCUCCUUUUCCCCCUCCUUUUCCCCCUCCUUUUCCCCCUCCUUUUCCCCCUCCUUUUCCCCCUCCUUUUCCCCCUUCCUUUUCCCCUUCCUUUUCCCCUUCCUUUUCCCCUUCCUUUUCCCCUUCCUUUUCCCCUUCCUUUUCCCCUUCCUUUUCCCCUUCCUUUUCCCCUUCCUUUUCCCCUUCCUUUUCCCCUUCCUUUUCCCCCUCCUUUUCCCCCUCCUUUUUUUUUUCCUUCUUAAAUUUUUUUUCCUCGUUUUUCCUUGUUUUUUUUCUUUUUUUUUUCCCCCUUUUUUUUUUUUUGCCUGUAUUUCUUGUUGGUUCCUCCUCCCCAAGUCUGUGGGACUGUUUCCUCCCUGACAGAGGUGUUUCUAUGGGAUUGCUAUGCAUCUUUCUUUCAGGCAGUGAAAGAAAACCUGACAAAGCUGUGCAAUAGCAAAGACUGUGAAAAACCAAACCAACAGAGUAAAUUAAAUUAUUUUUUCACAUCCAAAGUGUUCUUACUGCUGCAAACUCCUGCUGUGGGCUGAGAGCUGCAGCUGCCAGCUCUGCCCUUCUGCCCCAGCUGCUUCCUUUGGAGCAGCACGUGUGAGGCAAGCUGGGCUUCAUUCCUUCCGGCAGGAGCCUGGGAUUUGUACUGGAUCUAUUUUUCCAUGUAUUUUUGUACGACUCAAGCUAAGAGGAAAUGUGCUUGUACGGGAGAGAGACUCUGCAAAGCCUCCCAGGCUUUGCCCCAAGGCCUUUGCUGGCAGCAGUUCUCCUUGUGGGAAGGCUUUUUUCCACCAGGAAGUGAUGGAUUGGACAAGAGCUCUUUGUAUAUUGUGUACAGACUCACAGCAGAUGUUGGGUAAUAAUUUAUGGAGUUUUAAUUGCGUGGACUGCGUUGCUGCUUCUUGGAGACCUUCAGCCAGAAUUCCCAGGUUGUCCCUCUGGAAUUCUGAUCUGUAUAUAUUGUACUGUAGCUAUCCAGAUGGAUGUUUAUUGAAAGGAACUGCUGCAGGUGGUUUUUGAACUUUUACAUGGGCAAAUAAAAGAGCAAAUAGUUCCCAGA